GUUUUAUUUCCCCUUGCCCGCUCCGGGGCAGCUCGAGGCAGCAGCUCCCCGCAAAACCCUAGCUUUACCUCCGCCUCGUCCUCUCCCACCAAACGCCUCCAAGAUGAAGCUCGUCAGGUUCUUGAUGAAGCUGAACAACGAGACGGUGACCAUCGAGCUCAAGAACGGCACCGUCGUCCACGGCACCAUCACCGGAGUUGACAUCAGCAUGAAUACUCAUCUGAAGACUGUGAAGCUCACAUUGAAAGGGAAGAAUCCUGUUACCCUUGAUCACCUCAGUGUGAGAGGAAACAACAUUCGCUAUUAUAUCCUUCCUGACAGCUUAAACCUGGAGACUUUGUUGGUUGAGGAAACACCAAGGGUUAAGCCUAAGAAGCCAACUGCAGGGAAACCCUUGGGACGCGGGCGUGGCCGUGGUCGUGGGCGCGGUCGGGGUCGGGGACGCUGAGCUUGUUCCCUGCUUUUGGAAAAUGUUGCAUUGUGCGCUUCAGUGCAAUGUAAUCUGCCUUGUUAUCAGUUGUACGGAGUAUUGUUUUCAUUAGAGCAAAGGCUUUGGUGUCAGUGGUUCCUGCUGUGGAUUCAAGUUGAUGUCCAUGAUGCCCUUUUCCAGAACUCUUGCUGAUGAUGACUAUCAGAAGUUAAACCAAUAUGCUACCUUAUAUGCUCA